AUGUCUCACUCAGGUGCUCAAGGCAGCAUUGGCAGCCACUCUACCAUUGGGCUGCGCAAUUCAAAGAUGUACAUCUAUGAACACGAGAACUUCCAGGGUCGUAAGAUUGACCUGUUCGCAGAGUGCCGUAACCUGGCUGAGAAGGGUCUUGAAAAGAUUGGCUCCAUCAGGGUAGAGAGUGGACCCUGGGUGGGUUAUGAGCAGCAGAACUUGACCGGGGAGAUGUUCAUUCUGGAGAAGGGAGAGUACCCUCGCUGGGACACCUGGUCCAACAGCUACAGGUGUGACCGCUUUAUGUCAGUCAGGCCCGUCCGCAUGGACCCCCAGGACCAUAAGAUUUGCCUGUAUGAAAGCACAAACUUCGAGGGUCGUAAGAUGGAGGUGUGUGACGAGGAUAUUCCCAGCCUGUGGUCGUACGGCUUCCAGGACCGUGUUGCCAGCAUUCAGGUCACUGGUGGAACCUGGGUGGGCUACCAGUACCCUGGCUACCGUGGCUACCAGUACGUGUACGAAAUGGGCCCUUACAAGCACUGGAACGAGUGGGGGGCCCACCAACCCCAGAUCCAGUCCAUCCGCAGGGUGAGGGACAUGCAGACGCAUCGCAGGGGCUGCUUCGAGAUGACCGCAUAG